CCCGCGUAUGGGCAAACACCCGAGUAUCCCUCGAGAUCAGGACCUUAUACUUCAACACCCGCUGAAUAUUCGUCUUUUCCGACGGGUCCAGCUUAUCCUCCAUCGACUCAGUACCCCUAUAAUUCUUCACAGAGUGGUCCACAGGCACUAUCUCCAACAGAGAUAAAUCCACCCCCAUCGUAUGAAAGUAUUGUUGGCCAAAGUAACUCUGCUUCAAGUGCUCCCCCAGAGACGCAAGUUUAUUAAUUAAAAAGAGAUGAAAUAAUGAACCGUCAGAUUUUACCGCUUGUUUUCCUUACGUUGUAGUGAUAAAUAUAGAUAUUUAGAUUUCAAAUGAUGUUGUCAUUGUCUCUAGUUGCGACAAUCCCGAAAGGUAAAAUGGGAUAUGAUCAAUGCACGGUCCCUGACACUAUAGUUAGCUGUCGAACCUAACUUUUGUUGCUUUCAUUUAUCAUUCGCAAACGUACUUCCAUGGCCUCUCGUGCCAUUCUUUCAAAUUUCUCUGAAGAAUAGUGAACCCAAAAACUAUCCACAAUUAUAAUUGAUAUUUGGAAUAAAGACCACUUGUGAUGAUGUUUCAAAAUUGUCUGAAAUUUCACUCGCCUAACGGCUCUUGAAAUUACGUAUAACAAUUUUGAAAUACCACUCGUGGUAUUUAUGCCAAAUAUCACUACAAAUCAUGCUAUUACCUAUACCAAUUUUAUCCGCACCAUAAGAUCGGGAGACAUGUACUUGAGCUAGAAAAUGGAUCAGUUCCGGUGUUAGCAGGAAAUGAAAGAUCGGCUGCUAAUCUGUUUACCGCAAAAAGAAAAGGCAUUUCAAGCAUUGCCAUUUAGCUGCUUCUGAAAGUUCACAUGCUGCAAAUUUAAUGAAAUACAAAUCUCUCCAAAAGAGGACAUUAAAGUUACUUCUCUGUUUUCAAUUAUUAAGGCAAAAUACCAGAUACAGCAAUACAGUACCGAGAAAGAAAAAAUUGAAUAUAAUUAUUUAUCGGUUGUUUCGGGUCAAAAAAUUUCCCUUGUUUGAAGUUUUAUUUCCGUUUCCCAGGGAAUGGCAAGGACCUCAAAACAAGUUCAAAUCAAAGGUAAACAACAACAACAACAAAAAAACACCACAGAACAAGUAUUUUGUUAAGAUGCUCUGACACAGACUUUAUGCAGACAAGGAACCAUUUUUUUUUAAUGCUUCAGUGGGGCGGAAAUAGGGAGCAAAAGUGGUUUUGAGCGACGCGCGACAACCGGAAGUGGAAAUACCUUUUUUUCCUUUCUCGGUACCUCCACGCUAGCAAAUCUGUCUUUACUAAGUGUCUUUACUCUCAUCAUGUGACACGAUUUGCCUGAAAAUUUGGGCAAAACCGCUGCCCAAGAAUAAAACAGUCUCCGCUUCCGGUUGGGUGCAUCGCUCAAAUAUUCGACUUUGUUCCAGGCUUUGCUUCAGCUCCCUUUUGUGGCCUAAACGGAACCAGAAAGAAUUUCAUUUUGAGGCGCGCGGGACAACCUGCAGUUGGUUAUUGGUGGCUGGAGGUAGUCAGCUUGUUUUGAAAAGGAAAACCACCGAAGAGCAAUGACGUAGUUGCGUCAUAGCAAGUCAUAGCAUAGAAAGCUUUAUUAAGUAACCUUAAGCCGACUAGAGCACGUUUUUUACUAGAAGUGAUUAUUACGACUUGCACCGUUUGUUGUAGCAAUAUGAAUCGACGGAAUCGUGCUUUCCCAGGAUUUGUGUUUGACCAAAGAUACAACAGACCGUCAGGACUAUGUAGCGGCCCCGAUUUCUGCAAGAAAUUUGCUCUCCGAUCUCUUCCCUUCACCAUUUUUCUUUUGAUCGGUGCUUUUAUGUUCACCAUGGUUUUCAAUUCUCAGGAAUCUGGCUCGAGCCCUGAAAGUGAGAAUCGACGAAUGAUUUGCCAAAUUAUCUUGGCGAUCAUCGGUUUCAUCAAUUUAUGUUUAAUUGUUACCACAGCGUACAUUUGCAUCCAGAGAAAGAACAAUGCCAGACAAGGUAUAACCAGACCGAACACUGGUCAAGCAGCGGGUUCAACAACUCAAGGAGGAUCGGGCAAUGUGAUGACCACCACUCAAUAUCCUAGCCCCUAUGGCUUUGAACAGCCCGCGUAUGGACAAACACCCGAGUAUCCCUCGGGAUCAGGACCUUAUACUUCAACACCCGCUGCAUAUUCGUCUUUUCCGACGGGUCAUGCUUAUCCUCCAUCGACUCAGUACCCCUAUAAUUCUUCACAGAGUGGUCCACAGUCACUAUCUCCAACAGAGCUGCCUCCACCCCCAUCGUAUAAAAGUAUUGUUGGCCAAAGUAACUCUGCUCCAAGUGCUCCCCCAGAGACGCAAGUUUGUUAA